AUGAGCCAACUUUUCCGACUCUUCACUCUUCUUCUCGGCUUUCAAAUUGUGGUGGAAGUGCGCGGAACGAUGCGGACAGUGGACGGGAACACGAAAGAAAAAGGUGAGUGGAAAGGGUCUUCGGGAUCAGAAGAGCCUGCAGAGGACAGGUGGUUGUAUGGAGGGAACGGGGAAGAGCAGGGGAGAUCGAGAGACUGCAGACAAGAUUUAUGUUCCCGGGAGGUUGCGGUUAGUUAUCACUGAUUGGAUAAAUUUCGGAGAAAGAGGCAAAAUUGAAAACUAGUGAAUCUCUUUCAGAAGUGUCGAUUCAUAUCAACGACUACCCGGAUCCAUACUCGAUUCCUCUCAUCCAGAAUCCAAAUGUUCGUACGAAGCCAGUGAAUCGGCCAAGAAAAGAUGACGACUGUUCCGAUGAAAUACUUAGAAAAGUUAUGAAUGAGGUACCCUUUUCAGCCCAUUUUUUUCAUUACCAGAACCCUUUUCAGCACAUCACAGACGGAGGUAUGUCGGAAUCAAAGCGAGCGAUCCACGCGGCCGCCCGUCGGGACUUCGAAGGUUCCUGGAGUGUAAUCUGUGCGCCCUGUGCCUUUUCCUAUUUGGCGCAUGCUCAGGAGCACUGUAUUCAUUCCCGAUACGGAAUCACUUGUCUUUUGUAUAGAGACCGAUAA